AUGGAGGCUGAGUUGCUAACUGCCCGGUCCCACACACUGGUGACCUUCAAGGACGUACUUGUGAACUUCACCAGGGAAGAGUGGAAACUGCUGGACGCUGCUCAGCAGAUCAUGUACAAAGAUGUGAUGCUGGAAAACUACAGAAACCUGGUGUCUUUAGGGCAUCAGCUUCCCAAACCAGAUGUGAUCCUGCGGUUGGAGAAGGGGGAGGAGCCGUGGCUGGUGGAGAGAGAGAUUCACCAAGAGACCCAUCCAGAUUUGGAAACUCCAGUUGAAAUUAAAUCAACUUUCAGUAAGAGCAUUUCUAAAGAUAAAUACUCCUGUGAUGUUAAAAUGGAAAGAAUGGCAAAGAGUGAUCUCUGGUAUUUGUCACUGGAAGAAGUCUGGACAUGUGGUGGUCAGUUGGACAGGCCCCAGGACAGCCAGGAGAGACAUCUGAGGCAAAGAACUCAUACAGGAGACAAACUGUACACCUGUAAUCAAUGUGGAAAGUCUUUUGUUCACAGCUCUAGGCUUAUUAGGCACCAGAGAACUCACACUGGAGAGAAACCUUAUGAAUGUCCUGAAUGUGGGAAAUCUUUCAGACAGAGCACACAUCUCAUUCUGCAUCAGAGAACUCAUGUUAGAGUGAGGCCCUAUGAAUGCAGUGAAUGUGGGAAGUCUUACAGCCAGAGAUCUCACCUUGUUGUCCAUCACAGAACUCACACUGGGCUAAAACCCUUUGAGUGUAAAGACUGUGGAAAAUGCUUCAGUCGAAGCUCUCACCUUUUCUCACAUCAGAGAACCCAUACUGGGGAGAAACCAUAUGAAUGCCAUGACUGUGGAAAAUCCUUUAGCCAGAGUUCUGCCCUCAUUGUGCACCAAAGAAUUCAUACUGGAGAGAAACCGUAUGAGUGUUGUCAGUGUGGGAAAGCCUUCAUUAGAAAGAAUGACCUUAUUAAGCAUCAGAGGGUUCAUGUUGGAGAUGAGACCUAUAAAUGUAAUCAGUGUGGAAUCAUCUUCAGCCAGAACUCUCCACUUAUAGUAUAUCAAAUAGCUCACACCGGAGAGCAGUUCCUAACAUGUAAUCAGUGUGGGACAACACUUACUAGUCUGGCCUCCCUUACGCCUGCCCUGGCCCAGUCGCGUGUGUGUAGGUGGGGACGAAGGUGGGGAACGCCUCUGCUGCGUGAGAGGAGGGGGCCCAGCCAAGGGAAGGGAAAUGCGCGUCCUCUGGGAUCAAGAGGGUCUCGCGCGGGCGCGGGCGCGGCGGAGAGACCUGGUCCCUCAAGAUUCUCUCCUCCCGCAACCAUCGGGUCGUGCCAUUCUCUUGCAGGGAACUCAAAACUGGCUGUGGGGAUGGCCACCAGGGUCCGGACAGCUGCCAUCUGGGUGCCACCUCUCCAGGAGCGAGACAGUUCAUGCAAUGUGAGCAGAAAGCUCCAAAGUGAGAAAUCCAUCCUGGGUCAAGGGAACCCUGACCAGAAGCCUCUUCCUGGAGGACCCCUGCAGAGGCCCAGGAGACCUGGGACAGCGCAGGUCCAGGAAUGGCUGCUUAUUUCCCAGGAGCAGCCGAAAGCUAAGAAAUCCUGGGGACAUUUGUCAUUCAUGGAUGUGUUUGUGGACUUUACCUGGGAAGAGUGGCAGCUGCUGGACUCAGCUCAGAAGCACCUGUACAGGAGUGUGAUGUUGGAGAACUACAGCAACCUGGUGUCCCUGGGAUAUCAGUACACCAAACCCAGUAUCAUUUUCCAGUUGGAACAAGAAGAGCUGUGGAUGAUGCACAGCCCAAGUCAGGACCAUUCAGACGAAGUCUGGGAAAUUGAUGGUUGUGUGGAAUGGCAUCAGGAAAAUCAAGGCAAGCUGGGAAGUAUGGCAGAAGGCUAUCCCUGUACUGCAUUUGGAAAACUGUGUCUUAUUACUGUAAGUAAUGCUUCUUCAAGACAAAGAUUUCAUAAAUGUGUCACAAAUGGAAAGAGUUUGAAAUGUAAUAUAGGUUUCAGUAAUAAUUACACUGGAAAGAAUCCUAAGGACUUUCAUGCAUUGAGGGAACCAUCCUUCCUUUCUAAACAUGAACAGGCUGUUAUUGGCAGAACUCACACAGGAGAGAAACUACAUGAAUGCAGUGAUUGUCAGAAAACUUUUAGUUUCAAUUCACAACUUGUUAUACAUCAGAGAAUUCAUACACAGGAGAAUCCCUAUGAAUGCUGUGAAUGCGGGAAAGUCUUCACUAGGAGAGACCAGCUUGUUUCCCACCAGAGAACUCAUUCAGGACUGAAACCCUAUGGAUGUCAUGAAUGUGGGAAAGCUUUUGGUUUGAAAUCACAGCUCAUUAUACAUCAAAGAAUUCAUACUGGAGAGAAACCCUAUGAAUGCAGUGAUUGUCGGAAAGCCUUUAAUACAAAGUCUAACCUCAUGGUACAUCAGAGAACUCACACAGGAGAGAAACCUUAUAGUUGUAGUGAAUGUGGGAAAGCUUUUACUUUCAAGUCACAGCUCAUUCUCAUUUCACACCAGAGAACUCAUGCAGGGGAGAAGCCCUAUGAAUGCAGUGAUUGUGGGAAAACUUUUGGUUUGAAAUCACAGCUCGUGAUACAUCAACGAACUCAUACAGGAGAGAAGCCCUAUGAAUGUAGUGAAUGUCAGAAAGCCUUUAAUACAAAGUCAAACCUUAUUGUACAUCAGAGAACCCACACAGGAGAAAAACCAUAUGGUUGUAGUGAAUGUGGGAAAUCCUUUACUUUUAAAUCACAGCUCAUUCUCAUUGUACAUCAGAGGACUCAUUCAGGGGAGAAACCGUAUGAAUGCAGUGAGUGCAGAAAAACUUUCUCUCAGAAAUCAAUUCUCAGUGCACAUCAGAGGACUCAUACUGGAGAGAAACCCUGUAAAUGCACUGAAUGUGGGAAAGCCUUUUGUUGGAAGUCACAACUCAUUAUGCAUCAGAGAACUCAUGCAGAUGAGAAACAUACUGAUAAAGCAGUGCCUAGAGAGAAUGACAGAAUGUGGUCCACUGGAGAAGGGAAUGGCAAACCACUUCAGUAUUCUUGCCUUGAGAACCCCAUGAACAAGUAUGAAAAGGCAAAAUGA